CAACACUUUAUUGUGCCGGAACAAACGGUUCGUUUUUCGGUCCAUUUUGUGUUUUUUUAAACGUUAGGCGGGCCAAUUGAAGUGACUGUUUCUCAAAAAAAAAAAAAAAAAAUUUGAAGUGACUGCGCUGCGAAUCGGACUGAAAAAAGUAAAGCAGCAGAGAAGAGAAGAGCUUUGCUAGUACAAUUUACAAAGCUGAAUAAACAAGGUAUCAGAUUUCGUCAAUCAUCUAAAAAUGGCGAUGGAUGCGAAUUUGGCUUCGUUGUUUGAGAACCUCAAGGUCGAAGAUCCAUGGCUUCCUCCCAGGUCUUGGGAAUCCAUCCCUUCCGAAAGCGGACGCCCUCCACCAAUUUCCUCUUCCUCUCACCCUCCUCCUCUCUUCCACGCCUCCACCGUCUCCGAGGAAAGUUUGGUGAGGUUGGCAAUGUAUGCAAUGCAAGGCGUAGAAUCGGCACUUAUUAGUAUCGAAAAGCUUUCUGCUGCCUUUGUUUCUGAACCGGCUGAUAGGACAUUCCAUCGAAUUCCAAGCCUGUGGACUCGGGCUUCCAGCACUCACGCUCUUGGAAACAUUCUGAGCUCCAUAGGCUGCUCGGGUUCUCGGGUUUUUCUUCUCCUUAAAUUUGUAGAUUAUUAUACCAAUUUUAGAUCGUGUGAAAACUCGACUAGCAAAGAUGGCAGUGAAUUGCAAGACGAAAAACGCCCUUCCUACAGCCUUGUUAAUCAGGCAUUUGCUGUUGCUGUUGGGAAGGUUUUGGAAGGGUACAUGUGUGCUCUCGACACGUUGUAUGCAUCGGUAGGUUUCAGGCGGCGAAUAUCAAGGAAUGAUGGCGCGCCAUCUUCUUUGGUGGGGUGUUUGACAAGUGUAGUGCAUUCUGAAAUUACAUUGUUGGAGCUGUACCUGCACACUAAGGACUUGAGGACUCAAAUUGAAGCUCUUGCUAAUAUUUGCAACCUACAUGAUGUAAAACUUUCCCUCGCGGUAUCUUCUGUUGAAGAUUCAAUCGCUAAAGCAGCAUUAGAGUUUUGUAACUUCCAUAGAGGAGGGGAUCUUCUCACUUAUUUAUAUAAACAACUGCAGGUUGCUGAUAAUUCCCACCGUGCUCUACUCAAGUUUCUCUUUCUUCGGUCAUGUGAACCAUAUUGUGGGUUUAUCAGGUCAUGGAUAUUCAAAGCUGAGAUUAGUGAUCCUUAUAAGGAGUUUAUAGUAGAAUAUUCUAACAAUCUACCACCUAAUCAACAUGGUAAAGUAGGCAUAUCUGUUGACUUCACGUUGCCAAGUAUCAGGGAGCAAGAUGGAGUUGCUGUUCCUUGUUUUCUAAAGAACUUCUUGGUUCCACUUGUCAGAGCUGGUCAGCAGCUUCAAGUGCUGACAAAAUUGCUUGAAAUGUAUAUUUAUGUUGCCACUGGGGACCAUACUCAUGAGGAUUUUCUUCCGUGCUGGAGUGGGUUUUCAAACAGUUCUCCGUCUUAUGCAUCUCCAGUGACUUUCAGCAAAGUAAAUAUAGAAGCCAUGGUACUGGCAAGAGACAGUUACUACAAAAUGAUGGAGGAAAAACUUGAAUAUCUUUUGUCAAAAUUGAAGUUUAGACAUGAACAGGUAGCUCCCUGUUGCCCUGAAACAAUGUACUUUGCCAAUGGUGGAAGGAGUUCAAACAAUUCAGUUUCAUGCACAUUGGAUGACACUUCAAUUGCUCCUUCAACAGCAGAUAAAAGAAGCUCAAAUGUUGAUAUUAAUGUGGACUGUGAUUCAAUGGAUGAGUUGUCUUUUGUGAUGGAUACAGACGAUUCGUCUGAAUGUUCGUCCUCGAACAGCUCUGAAGAGCAAAUCGAGUCUGAGCAGCUAAUUGAGCCUCCAAAUCACACUAAGUAUUUAUCUGCUUUAAGCUUCUCCCUGAGUACUUCCAUGGAUAUUUCUUUGCAAAAGCCUCAUGAAUUUAAAAAUUCAUGUCAUAUAGAAAAUGAUUCACGUGGAAUUUGUGAAGUAACAGACAGCCUCAGUCAUGAUGUGCAUUCUCAUAAUAACGGUAUGUUUUUAAGUCACUUACCUGAGCUGCUCGAGCCAGAGGAGUCUAACCAGUCAUGCACAUCUGAUAUUCAACAUACAGAUUCUCUAGCUGAUAAAGUCUUUUCACUAGGACACCCUCAGAAAGACUCUGACCUAAAUCCGAGGAAAGCAAAUGUGGGAGUAAUAAUGGAAGGUACAUCAUAUUUUCACAAAAUUCAGGCCAUGUUAGAUGCUUCGAUUGGGGAAGCCACUGGCAAGGGCCAACUUGAAAAUUCCACACACACUCCGUAUUUAUAUACGUUGCAAAGGUGUAAGUCUUACUACCAAAGCAAUUUUAUGAGUGUGAAUCCAAUGUUGACAAGUUAUGCUUUCCUUCACUCAAUAAGCAAGCCAGGAGAGAGAUGCAAUGCAGACUAUGGCCGAUCUUUACCUUACUUUGACUUUACCUCUGUAGAAGACCCUUGUAAGUUAUGCGUGGAACAGUCAGCAACUGGUUCUGUGCAUGAAUUUGGAACUGAGCCUCGAUUACUCAUGCAUUCUCAUGCUUCUUCUACCAGAAGUAAGAGUGAUCGUCAUAGUAAACAAGGCUAUGACGGAGACCAUGUUUUAAUUGAUAAUAUUGAAGUGCCUUAUGUUUGUUCACCAUCAUACUUGAAGGACCACAACCAAGAAGUUAUAAAAAAUGUUUCUGGUGGGAGUAGUUGGGAGAGUUUGCUUGGUGGUUCCAGUAUCACCAUUGAUAAUAGUGUUGGAGAUACCUAUCAAAAAAAAGAUAAUAGUGUUGGAGAUCAGAGGCAGAGUUUGUCAGCCAUGUUUGAGAUACCACUUGAUUUCAUCAUUGAAAAAUGCUUACUGCAGGAAAUCAUUCUUCAAUAUAAGUAUGUCAGCAAGUUAACUAUCAAGUUGCUUGAGGAAGGAUUUGAUUUGCAAGAACAUUUUCUGGCACUGCGGCGUUACCAUUUCAUGGAAUUAGCAGAUUGGACAGAUUUGUUUAUCAAGUCACUUUGGCAACAUCCGCAUAAGUGGUGUGUUGCUGAGCCAGAUCAGAGACUUUCAGAAAUUCAAGGUUUCCUUGAGUUGUCAGUUCAGAGGUCUUCAUGCGGGCGAGACCGUUAUAAGGAUAGGUUAUUUGUGUACAUGAAAGGACACAAAACUAUGCCUCUUUCAACAUCUAUGAAUGGAGUGCAUUCCUUUGAUUUUUUAGGAUUGGGUUACCGAGUGGAUUGGCCACUUAGUAUUGUUUUGACUCCUGAUGCUUUGCAAAUAUAUGCUGAAAUAUUCAGUUUUUUGGUAAAAGUGAAGCUUGCCGUAUUUGCAUUGACUGAUGUAUGGCGUUCAUUGAAGGAGUUGGUGCACUUGAUUAAACUGAAUCGCCAUUCUGAAAAUCAUGAAAGUGAAGUAGGCCAUUUUAAUAUAUUGACGAAGCUAAGGCAUCAGGUCAAUCAUUUUGUAUCUACAUUACAACAAUACGUGGAGUCACAAUUAUCUCAUGUAUCAUGGUGCAGGUUUCUUAACUCCCUUCAGAAUAAGGUCAAAGAUAUGUUGGAUCUUGAUUCGGUGCAUAUGGCUUAUUUAAUGGAUUCGUUACACAUAUGUUUCCUCUCUCAUGAAACGCGGCAUGUAGCAAGCAUUGUUGAAAACAUAUUACAAUGUGCACUAGACUUCCGGUCUUGCCUCACUGGAGGCAUAUGGAAUGUUGGCAUGGAUCGAAGAGAUUUGAUGGGUAAAUUUUCAAGAAUCAAUAUAUCCCAGGUGCUUGCCAUAAAGCGAACAUUUGACAAAAAUCUGAAAGAAUUGCACCUUUGCUAUCUGAAGUCACCUAAACAUGGGGAGUACGGGCUUUCCCGUUUUUGGGCGUCUCUCAAUUAUAAUGAGUAUUACUCAGAUGUUGGUAAUGGCAUGGACUAUUAUGCUUUCUCGGUGUAAGGCUAUCUAUAAUGCCAAUUAGGACAAGCUUUUUGGGUGUUUUUGUGUUUUGUUUGUGAAGAAAAUGAUGAGCGUGUUAUUGUGAAAGGUAAAAAGUAAUACGUACU